GGCUCCCGCGUGCUGGUCAGCGGCGGCGUCGGCACCAUCCACCAGGCUCUGUGGUUCGUCCCUGUCUUAUCCGCCACCUUCAUCGGCUUAGUCACCAAGAUGGCGGAGACGAAGGAGGAGACAUGGACCGCCGUUCUCACCAAGACGCACAAAUACUCCUUCGAGAGCUUCUUGAUGGCGACCGUAUGCCCGCCGUUCAACGCCCUCGGGUUGUUCACGUCCGUUCCUUACGUGCUGGCCGGGGUGUGCUACCUCACGCUCGAUCCCGGAGCCGUCGUCAAUGUGUUGGUGUUCGUGCUGUCCAUCUUGGGUCAGGUGGUGGCGUGGCUGGCGCCUCGGGUUCUUCACCACGUGACCUGAGUUCUCGAGAU